CUCCGUCGUGGAGCUCCACGUGAAUGCGAGAAAAACCUCCAAGUUUCGGGUCGUUUUCACGUCGUGUGGAGAAGUUUAGCGCCGCAGCUGAGACUCCGAGGCCGACACGAUGCUGUACCUGAUCGGCCUGGGCCUCGGAGACGCCGCCGACAUCACGGUGAAGGGUCUGCAGGCGCUGAGGCGCUGCUCCCGGGUCUACCUGGAGGCCUACACCUCCAUCCUCACCGUGGGCAAAGAGGCGCUGGAGGAGUAUUAUGGGAUGCCGUUGAUCCUGGCAGAUCGGGAUCUGGUGGAACAGGGGGCCGAUGAGAUCCUGAAGGGCGCCGAUGAGACCGACGUGGCCUUCCUGGUGGUGGGCGACCCGUUCGGAGCCACCACCCACAGUGACCUGGUCCUCAGAGCAGCGCAUGCUGGGAUACCGUACAAAGUCAUCCACAACGCUUCCAUCAUGAACGCCGUGGGCUGCUGUGGGCUACAGCUCUAUAAUUUCGGCGAGACCGUCUCGGUGGUGUUUUGGACCGAGACGUGGAGACCCGAAAGUUUCUACGAUAAAAUCUGCAAGAACAGAUCAGCUGGACUACACACACUCUGUCUGCUGGAUAUUAAAGUCAAAGAGCAGAGCGUCGAGAACAUGAUGAGAGGGAAGAAGAUCUACGAGCCGCCUCGCUUCAUGACCGUCGGUCAGGCUGCCGAUCAGCUGAUUCAGAUCGUCCAGCGACGGCGGGAGGAAGGGGCGGAGCUAGGUGUGACCGAGGACACGGUGUGCGUCGGUUUGGCCCGGCUCGGCUCGGACGACCAGACGAUCCGCGUGGGGACGUUGCGUCAGCUGGCGUCCUGCGACCUCGGCGGGCCGCUCCACUCGCUGGUGGUGACGGGUCAACUCCACCCGCUGGAGGUGGACAUGCUGCGAGUAAACGCUGAACCGGAGGCGCUGGAGCACCUGAAGAUGGUCGACAGCUCGACGUACACCUCCUAACACGAGGAGGACGGACUUGAAUCAGAAAACUUGGUUUACGUCGUCACGGAGGAGUCACGUGACUUCACGUCACCAAUAAAGAUGAAGAUGAAGUGACUCCACUCAGAAGGUCAGAAUUAUUUAUUACAGCGGUAAAAAAAAAAGUCCCACUGACAGGUCACAUGGUUUGGCACAGUAAAAACAGUGACAUCACGCUUCCUGCGGACCAAUCAGGUCUCAGUGGUGAUGUCAGCAGUAGUGGGAGGAGCUCAGAUUGUCUCUGAUUCACGAUGAAGGCACUUACCCAGAAUGCUUUGCUCCAGUUAAAGUGCAAAGGGGGAGAAGGGAGGGCUUGUUGCCGAGCGACCCAAAAAAGUAGGCGGGGCUGUUCAAGUUCAUCAGUUCUUCAUGCGCCCCCCCUCCCUUCCCUCUGUCUGUCCUGCAGCGACUGUGGGGUCAGAAGUCGCUGCAGCGAUACCUAUAUGUGAUUGGUCCCAGGUUUGGAGGAGGAGCUUCUACAUGGCGGCCACGUCGAUCUGAACGUACAGCUGUCGAACUCCAACCUGACGACGAAGAGAACGCAGAACGUCAAAUACACGAUAAAAAUAAUAAAACUUUAAAAAGUACUGUGGAAAAUACUAAAUACUGAACUACAGUAAACACAAAGUACUACAGAAAUCCAGUAAAACGCUCGUUUUGAAAAGACGUCAGAUUUUCACAUUUAUUUGUCCUGAGCCUCGAGUUGAUUUGUUGUUUUUUUAACUCAGAGAAAAUGAACUAAGGCAGUUUUUGACAAUUUACAAGAAAAAAAAUUGU